AUGGCUACGCUCAUCCAAGAGAAUGGUAUAAAGGAGCUAAGUAAAGGCACACACGGAGUUGUGCCUAACCGUGGUAUAUCUUCACAUAGUGUAACAAAUCAUAUGGUGCCUGAUCAUGAAUAUUGCGAAGCUGGCUCGACUAGCACGUCACAGAUGCAGUGUACCGAUACAAAUGAGGCGAUGGCGCCACCCACCGCCAUUGAAGAAGAGGAAGAUACCCCAGAAAUAGAUAUAAUGAUAAACAAUGUUGUGUGCAGUUUUAGUGUUAAGUGCCACCUGAACCUUAGACAGAUAGCAUUAAACGGUGUUAACGUUGAAUUUCGCCGCGAGAACGGCAUGGUAACUAUGAAGUUACGGCGUCCAUACACUACUGCGUCUAUCUGGUCGUCUGGCCGCGUGACGUGCACUGGUGCAACCAGCGAGGACCAAGCGAAGGUUGCCGCACGACGGUAUGCGCGUGCACUUCAGAAGCUUGGCUUCCAAGUGCGUUUCCGCAAUUUCCGUGUAGUCAAUGUAUUAGGCACCUGUCGGAUGCCCUUUGGUAUAAGGAUCAUAUCUUUUUCGAAAAAAUACAAGGAAGCAGACUAUGAGCCGGAGCUCCAUCCUGGAGUCACAUACAAGUUAUACAAUCCUAAAGCUACGCUCAAGAUAUUCUCUACCGGUGGUGUGACUAUCACAGCUCGGAGCGUGAGUGACGUUCAGUCGGCCGUGGAACGCAUCUUUCCGUUGGUGUACGAGUUCCGCAAGCCUCUAACUCCGGCGGAUGAGGAGUUGCUGCGACAAAAGCGUGCAGCCCGCGCCGGCGUGCCAGCUCCUGCGCCCCCGCCCGAUGAUGACCCCAUGCACUUGGUGACGCUGUCGGACGACGACAACGACGCCUGGGAAUGA